AUGAGCCACCCUAAGAUGAAGCUUGUGAGGCGUGCACGGAAGAGCAUCCGUGAGCGGCGCAUGAAGGCAUGCCUGAAGGAUCUUAGCUCCAACUUAGAGAAGGUGGAAAUGCGAGUCUUCCGGCAGCAAAAGCAGAAGCGGCAGCAGCAGCAGCGCAAGGGUGCAGGAAAUCAUAUAACCGUUCCGCCGGAUGUGCUUAGAGGUGUGAUGAACCCCGAGUUGUAUCACAUUGAGUGCCGACUUCACCAGGAAGCUUGCAUGCCACCCCCACCACCGUAUGAAGGCUACUCCCAGAGGGAACGCUGUGACGGAGCGCGGCGGCGCAUCGGGUUCGUUGAGUUUGUUACGAUUGCCGAGAUGGUGCGAUUAGGCGCCAUGCCUGGUACUCCCGCAAGAGUUGGGAUCUAA